AAAAACGAUCAGAACACGGUCCAACUGACUAAUGUACGUGCCACAAGAGGUCUAGCUGAAGUCGAAUGAAGUAAGGCCUGUUUCAUCCCUCCAUGCUGCUAGGAAUACGCGGCCUAUUCAAGCUUCCAGAUUCGUGAGGAUUGGUUACCAUCCAGCAUGCAGAGGCCGAUCCCACCAGACAGAAAAAAGAAACCAUUUGGGGCACAUUCAUUCCUGAAACUAGCAGAAAAGAGACUUUCUUUAUUGGAGGCGUUUUUGGAACGUGACAGGACACGUACCAUCGCUGAGAUGGUGACCAAGACAGAAAACCGGCGUUUAUUCCUGUCACUCAAAUCGUCGUCUAAUAUAGAGGCAUCCCUCAUCUAUACACUUGAAUCUCACGAAGUGACCCGUCAGUACUUUGACGAGUUUGUUGAUAUAGAUUGGACUCGUUCGGAUCAGUGGAGAAUACUCAAGAAUAAAGGUUUUAACUCACAAGGAAAGCUUUCCGAAUUUGCCGAGAAACAUGGCUUUGAUCUACCUAUCCUACGCUCAGUGAUUACGGUGACAAUGAAGGAGAAAAUUAUUGAAAACGAAUUACAGAUACCGGCAUUAACAGGUGCUUUUCUUCCUAUUCGGGAACGACUAAAGGAAAUCAACUUCGAACAGUUGGAUGUUUUAUGUCACCUUUUACGAUGUAGUCCACGACUUCUGCAUUUUCAACGCUACUCUCUCAAGAUGGUAAUGAUGCGAGAAAACUACAAAAUUUUGAUUGAUGCCAAAUGGCCACGCUUCCAAAACCAGGAAAUGGUGGUGGGUGAGACAGUGACCGCUAUGCGCGAUGAAUAGCUUAUUGCCGUCGAGGAUAUCCAGAUCGUUCUUCAAGGAUCCUGAUUUCCGUCGUGGAGUGGAAAGGGGCAACGGGCAUAGAGCGUCGAUCUCUUUGUAUUCCCAGUUGCGGAUCUCCUCUUGCAACUGUCAUUAACACAAAAAUACCAUCACUGUCUAGUAAUGGCCAAUCAAUACAAAG